GAAUUGAUCAAACACACGAGCUACAAAGACUACAGCGCAAGUAGCCAGGGCUGGGACGACAAGAACAAGAUAGAUGAGAUGAAGGACGGUGACAUGCGCUACCUGAUCGUUCGACUGAAAGACAAUCAGUUGCCAGAGUCCGAGAAACGAUGGAGCAAAGACGCAGACCUGGACCAAUCAAUCAUCGGCUUUCUGUCUUUCAUGAUCACACAAGAAAAUGAAGAGAAUGUCAUCUACAUCUAUGAGAUACACAUUUCCGAGCACUUCCGGGAUUGUGGUCUGGGACGACAUCUCUUCAGCAUGGCCGAGUAUAUUGGUGGGGCCACUGGUAUGGACAAAGCAAUGCUCACCGUCUUCAAACGCAAUGUGCACGCACGAAGGUGGUACGAUUCACGCGGAUACGAAGUGGAUGAGAUUAGUCCAAGGCCGAGGAAACUAAGAGGAGGGAGGUCCAUUGAACCUGACUAUGAGAUUCUGAGCAAGCGUCUC